ACUGCUGGAGUUGUGUUAUUGAGUUUUAUCAGGAUGAUUUCUACAGUUUUAGAUGAAUGUCGGUGUGAAACGGUUAUUAGUUCUUUUGUUUCAGAGCAAUCGGUCUCUCCGGGUGUCAGAGACAAGCUGCUGCUUUUUUUGGAGAAGCUUAAAGAGAGUGAAAGGAGCACAACAAAACGCGUUAAGGAGCGCGUACUGGAAGAGGCAUUGCAGAUGCUAAAAAAAAUCCAGAUUGAGCUGCUGCAGUUACUGGAGUCUAAACAUCAGAACUGGCUCAUUCAUCUCCUUCUCUCUCUACAGCUAGAAGCGGUCAAUGUAUCUUCAUCAGCCUGCCGCAAACUCGACCAGAUGUUGAAACAUCUUGCUCAGGUGGACCAGUCCUUAGUUUUUGCAAAGGUGCAACAGUGUGUUCAGAAAGUGCUGCAGCAGGAGAAGAUGUUGUCAUUAAAAGACCUUCAGAUAGCUUGUAUGUUCCUGGAGGAGAGCAUGAUGGGACGAGAAGCUGUAGGACAAGCAAUCACACCUCUGCUAUCUAAAGUCACCAAGUUGCUUCCUGUUAUAAUGGAAGAGGAAGCAGGAAGGAACGGACCUCUGUGUUAUCAGACUGUCAAGCUGUGUUUGCAGGUUUUCCAGCUGCUACCUCAACAGGUUGCACUUUCUGUAUUUCUGGAGCAGAGAGACGAGCCGUAUAUGAGGGAGAUUCUGAGGUUUCUUAUGAAUGUCAUCCUGGGGGAGAUCUCUAACAGGGACACACGGUUGCUGGCGGGCACUGCUGUGGCCAUGCUGAUCUCCACAGCGCCUGAUAGUGAGAGCGGAGCUGCAUCUGCCUGGAGUUUUCUUCAAGUCUCUAGCACAGAGCAGUGGUGUUUGACUGUAGGUAAUCUGCAGGUGGACUGUUUUCCCAGAAGAUCAGAUGGAUUGGACAGAUUGGCUGUAACUAGAGGACUGCUGACUUGCUGCAGGAAAGAAAUCCUCAUCAAUCAACAGAACAGCAAGAAGAACGUUCUUCUGCUGGAUGGAAUCUUUCCUCUCAUCUCAGCUCUACACAGAGAGAAACUGGACUCUCACUACUACGUGUUUCAAGUGUUCAUCUUGUGGCUGAAAAAUGUUAAACAAUGCCUGCCAGACAUUUGGGAAGUGACUGGUGCUCUUUUCUUCAGGAAAGGCUCAGACCUGAAGGAAACACUUACCAAAAUAAUUUGGAACAAUGCAGAGAGCCCGGUAGAAGGUCUUUCCGAGUCUGUGCGCUGUGCCUUUGCUCUGUUUCUGGAGAUCUAUGAGCAGGACUGUCAGCAUUCAGGUGACACAGAGAAGCAACUUUAUGAAGAAUUACUGCACAGGAUUGCAGAGCUGCCCUGGGAGUCCAAGGCCAAGUACUCACCUCUCGCUGCCCUUCUGCCAUAUGUGGGCACAGACAAGGUCCUGAAACUCUACCCCACUCUUCCUGCUCACAUUCUUAAGUGCCUCUCCACCAAUCACCUCGCACCCUGUGCCUCUGAGAUAUACAAAUCCCUCUUACAGGAGCAAAGACUGGAGCUUACCAUAAACAGCAAGCAGGCUCCACCAACUGAGCUCCAGCUGGCCAGUCAGUGGGCACAGCGAUGGCAGCCUAUAGUCCUGAAAGCUCUGUUCUCUGAUGUCAUGUUGCUGCAGAAUGGUGCCUCCAGUUACCUCCUGCCCUGCACCCUGCGCUGCUUCCCGCAAGCAUCUGACACACUGCUUAAUGCUUUAGAUCCCUCUGCCCCGGAGCACCUGCGGGCAUGGGUGUGCAUCAUGAGUGCCCAUCGAGCAACGAGCGGUCAGUCACCCUGGGCCUUGGACAACACUGUUGCCCUAAAAACACUCCAGUUAGCUUUGUCCUCUCUGGACGACAGUGUGCGAUUAGCAGCGUUUAAUCUUCUCUGCUGCAGCCCGAAAACUAAAGAGGCUCCGUUAGCAGUGGAAUACGCUGCCAUGAUGAAGUUCCUGCCUUUAAAUUUAAACAGUGAGUCCUCGCCUUUUCGGCAGCACCUCCAGGCUGGGGUCAGGAAGUUCCUUGUACGUAUUCGGGACAGUUGUAUGGCAAGCCUGAAAAGUCAAAAAAAUAAAAGAGGACGUGAUGAAGAGGAGAAGAGGGAGCUUGAACAAGGCAUAGAUUUUGUAGACUGGCUGGUCCAGUUAUCGUUGGUGUGUUUGAGUCCUGGUAACAGUUUCCAGAGAAAGAAGACGGCGCUGUUGCUGCUAGCUGCUGUUCUCGAGACCUGCUCAGAUUCCUGGAGUCCAGACAGAAAGAAGGGACAACCACCAGCUAACAUGUCUGAUCUGAUACACUGGGCAAGAAAAAGGGGAAAAUGGGAUUUCUAUUCCAGGUCAAGACAGCUGGUCCUAAUUGGCUGUUUGGAGGAUGUGACCAAUGAGAUUCGUGAGCAUGCCUCUGAGCUGUUGGUGAGGUUUUUUCCUGCAUCUCUACCGGCUGAUGUUACGGCUGUGCUGUUCAGCAGAGCUCAGGCACUUUUGCUCAGCCCCCGUGUUCAAGAAGCUCAGAUGGGGGCGCUGAUUAUUGGAGUUCUGCAACAGAAGUGCAUACCUUUGGAUGGUGUAGUACCAGAUACAUUAAAGCAGGGUGAGAAAGAAUCAGCCAGACUGAUCAGGUUCCUGUUGAACAGUCUGGAACAACAGUACCUUACUGCUAAACAGGACAUGCUGCUGGCUGCUCGCACUGCACCUCUACACGGUACUGUCAGUGCUCUUCAGAAGUGUGUGCUGGAGGUACCUGGGAUUUUAAUUAAUGCUUUGGACCACAGUGUAACAGUUAAGAUGCUCUCAGUGCUGGAGAAGAUCACACUGCUUCUGCUUGGUGUGCUUCAUGGAGACCAGAUCACUGAAGAUAAAGAAAUCCUGCCGUCAUUCUGUGACAUGGGUAAUGCCAUCAGUGCUCUGAUCGGACAGGGUGAUGGGGGGCUGGACCGGGAGGAAGAGGAGAAUGUGCUGCUUUCUGAGGAGCACAGUCUGGUGCUGACCUGCUGCUGGGUCACAUUGAAGGAACUGGGGAUCUUUCUUGGCUCGCUGGUGCAGAGAAUACUAUCAUUCACCUGUAAGAGCAAUCCACUGCUGACUGUGGAAGAUCUGCAGCGGGCUUCAAAAGUUUUUAAGGACAUUAUCCUUAAAUGUAGACACUGGGGGGCAGUGGAAGGAUGCUGCAUUGGAUUCACCAAGUUCUGUGCUGCUCUGCUUAGCAGUUCAGAUCCAGAGCUCAGGGAGAUCCCGAACCUUAUUUUACAGCAGGGUUUGUGUGUUCUUCAGUCCCUCCGAAGUACCUCGGUGACGAGACGGGCAGCCGGUUUGCCCAUGCUCAUUCUGGGAGUACUGGCAGCAGAGGACAGCAGCACCUCUCGCCCUCUGUUGGCUCACACUGUGAACACGCUACUGAAAACAGCCAGAGCAGCACUACCGCAUGACUGGGACCAGACCCUGGACUUGCCUCAGGUAUGUGCUGUUCACACUCUGCAGGCACUGGUAAAGGGCUCAAGUUUGGGAUCCACUAUUCUUCAGUAUGCCCCUGCCAUCACUAUGCUGUCACUAACGCUCCUCAGCUCGCCCUGCUGGGCCAUGAGAAAUGCUGCGCUGCAACUCUACAGUUCUCUCUGUUCCAGAAUGUUGGGUCAGAAGCCUGCUGGUGAAGAUGCCUCUGAUCAGUAUGGCAUGUCCCCCUCUGCCUUUUUUACCCACUAUCCUGCCCUGAAGCCUUUCCUCUUUAGCGCACUGGAGACCGCAGCUACAGACCUGCAUGAGGCCAGACUAAGCCUGCACCCCUCUCUCUACCCUGUCCUUACUUUACUGGCCAAACUGCAGGCUGGUGCUAGGGACCAAACACGCGCUCUGUCAGAUUUCCUGCCUCCUUUGCUUCAGCUAGCUGCUAGUCCAGUCUACGGUGUGAGAGUGGUGUCAUCCCAAGCCCUGGUUGCUAUUAUACCACCCACAGAGUAUGUGAAAAGUGUAUUGCAAUUAAUGGAAGAGCUGCCAAAAACACCAAGAAGCCUGUGCUGUCAUAACCGCGUACACGGCCAACUCCUACAGAUAAAAGCCAUCCUGACCAGAGCACUGCAUGCUGACACCUCUUGCCACUCCUCUGUUGAUGCUGUCGUGGAGGAGUUGGAGGCUCGUCUUUGGCUGGCAUCCUCAGAUCAGCGAUGCCCUCUGGUGCGCCAGGCUUACGUCUCAGUGGUAAGGCUGCUGAGGGAGAAUUGCUCUGGGGCUUUCCUUACUCACCUGAGCACUCUGCUACUGGAUGAGCUGCGCCGGAGUCCACACGCACUGGAGCUUGGCUCUGCCUCCUUCCACCAAAGUGCUGUGCACUACCUGUGUGAAGACCCUGAUGCCUCAUUGCAAGUCUGGCAUCAUCUGUCCGGUGGGAGCGCAGUUGCUCAGCUCUCACUGGUAAAGUGGGUUAAACUGGGACAGGGCUGGAGAGCGACCAGCCUUCAGAAGGUGGUGGAAAAAGCACUUCAGACCAACCUAAAGGAGGCACUACUAGACCAAGAUCCUGAGUACAAGAGGGCAUAUUUAUCAGCGCUGGUGGAUGUCAUGACUCCACAUGUGUUGGGUGCCCGACCUUUCCUAUCUGGGUUUAAGGAGGGAGAACUGCAGCAGUGUGUGGAUCUUCUCCUGGAGGGUCUGGAGAAAAGUAGAGCAGGACCAGAACUCCUCUCUCACAGUCUGUGUGCCCUGAGUCUGCUGAUAUCUCAAAUUACAGACCUGUCGGUGCUGCAGCGCUGGUGUUUGUUACUUGAAGCACACAGUUGUGCUGAGGCCCUGGAGGCUCCGAGGUUGGCCUGUGCUCAGUCUCUGGCCUUUACUGGAGGUGCAGUGGUAAAGAGUGGUCUGUCAGGCAGCACAGCCCUGAGGGCCAUUAGCACCAGAUUGAUCAGUACAGGUGUGCACCUUCUUCAGGAUCAGAGCCAGCAGGUGAGAGCCAAGGCGGCCGUCUUUGCCUCUGUCCUCUGUCAGUCUCGAACAGAAGGGGCUCCACAGAACUGCUUCCUCGUGCACAGCAACCAAUCACUGCUCAUGCUGCUGGAUUUACUGCUGGAGAAACUAUGGGACGGUGAGGGCACUCUGAAAGUCCUGCUGUGUCACCUUCCAGAGUGUGAUGUCAGCAGUAUAGUGCAGGAGGCCACACUUACACAAUUCAGCCGUAUGUACGAGCAGGACAAACCCAAUGUGUAUUUGGAACCCUCCGUGAUUGCUGAAACUGUACUGCCAUAUUUGCUCCGUCUGGCAAAACGAUACCCAGAAUCCACUGGUCUUGCUGAGUGUCUUGAUCAGUGGGGGAAGCAGAACGCAGUAGCUAUCAGAGAGAACCUCAGUGUCUGCAUCAGGCUUUGUUCAGGUGACAGGCUGGAUCCCGAUUGGCUGAGCUUGCUAAUGGAGCCAUGUUUCCAUGAUGCUCUACAUGGGCUGUAUGCUAGGGCUGUAUUCCUUUUACAGCUGCACUGCCUCUCAGAUAACCUCCAACCCCUUUUUGACCCUUUAGCCUUAGCUCAGGAUCUGCUAGAUUUACACGAGCAGCUCAGUCUGCAUGGGGUCUUCCUCCAAAACACCUUCAUCCAGUUUGUGAGGACAGGAAAAGCAGGCUCGUAAGCAAGUCUGUGACCAAAAGGUCAAAACACUGUGGGUCAUGCUGAUUUAGUACAGAGAUACCACAUUAUGGUAGUGUGUGCUCAAGACUUCCUGUGGUGGAGCAAAAGCUACACUUUAACAAACAGUAUGCGUGGUUUGUUUAGCUCAUUAAAGGGCUGAACUAUUUAUUUAAAUUAUUUAGAAAUGUCAUCUUUGGCCUGAAUGGUCUUGUGCUCUUUUAUUUGUGACUUUUAAAGACAUCAUUAGUGAUAUGUGGGGGAUAUGCAGCAGGUGUCUUAAUUGUGUCAUUUUAAUAAUUUUUAUAUUUACAUUUUAUAAAUACAUUUUUUGCUUUAUAAUACAGUUAAUAAAUGUGAAUUUGUUUUGAAUUGUUAACUACAUUUUGGUGGGUUGCUGUUGCCUCACAGGGAGAAGGUCCUGGAUUCGAUUCACAGGUGGAGCAGUCCGGGUUCUUUGUAUGUGGAGUUGAUGAUUUAUGUGUAACCUGUAACCACAUGUCCUGCCAUGAAUGGAACCAAAGUGUAAAACAUCAAAAUUGUGCCACAAUCUCAAAAUAAUGUAAAAAUACGUUCUCGGCAAUGUAUUAAUUUUCUUUCUCUGUUUACUGAGGCUUAUAGUAUGGUAUAUUUUUAGUCAGUUCUAUACACAUCACCAUCAUUCGUAUUACGGUGAGGGAGUUGAAUAUUUCAUAUUGCACCUUUGUCACAGUACAUUUUUAAAGUUUUUAUUUUGAAUACAUGUAUCAUGCUGGCACGGCUUAAGUGCACAAAAACAAUACAUACAACAAUAUACAGAUAUGAAUAUAUUAUUUAUCUAGUACAAUCAAAACUGCUUUUGUUUUUUGAGAUUGUUAAUGCCCUUUUACUUUUGAUAAAAGUCGUAUCAAUUUUAGGGAACUGGACCAGGAAACUGUUUCAUCUGUUGCAUUAUAGCAUCAUGUUUCACGCCUCAGUGUGGCUGCUAUUUUCUAAGUGCUUUGUUGCAACCCACAGCAUCUUCUCUGCCUGGAAUAAUAUUGUAAUACAAAUGUAGUGGGUACAUUAA